GCGUCGUCUUCCCUUCAUCUCCCCGCGGCGGCGGCGGCGGCGGCCGGCACGAUUUGGCAUUACCACACAAUGUUCAUGAUGGCGUCUUCAGUCGUUCGUUUUUUUGGGGAUAUGUCGUUCUUUCCCACAUAGUAUGUUUCAAGCCUGUGAUCUAUCUCGUUCUUGCGGCGCUAUAUGUGUAGGUUGCAGCGGCGCAUCAAUGUCGAUGGUUGUCUGGUUGAGGACGGCAGUGGCUUUCUCGCCCCUCCAGCCUUCUGGAUCUCUUUAGCGCCACCCGUGGGUCUUCUUUCCCCUAGGGAUGGACCUCCACCAGACAGAGUCGCCUCCUUUUCUUGGAUACGGGCCAUGAGUUGAUGUUGCGGCUGUGAAACACUUCGACGAGAACCAUUGUCCUCACAGGACCAGACAACGGUUUUAGUUUGUGAUAUAGCAUGGUAAUGCAUUCUGAUGGUCUGGGAGUCGGCUCACAAUUUCGAAGAGAUGAUCCCAGUUGACAUAUGUAGUGGUUUUUCCUCCUGCAUAGCCGUAGGGUGUUAGCCUCUUCAUCCUUCCCAGAGCACUUGUUGGGAGAGUCUAAUAAUGAUCGUGCAACCUAUCGGGUGCCAAAAUCCCCAAAUGAGACCAACUUUGGAGGAACUAAGCGAAGGCUUCUACUAAUGACCCAUCAACAAUGUAUAUUGCUAUCCAAAUGUUUUUGUUGCCUAUCAAAUCCUCUUAACGGUACAAGUGACAAUAGCCUCAGCUGAUUUUUUUAAUCUAAAGUGAAACUACUGAAAAAUCGGUUGAGGUCAACUAUGUUAUAAGAAAGAUUGAAUUGCUUGGCUAUGUGCUGUAUUGAGAAGGAUAUCUUGUACAUCAAUGAUCUCAAUAUUGUCCUUAAUGACAUUGUGUCAAGAAACAUCUGAAGAAGCUUUUUUAUAAAGCAUUGGAGCAUUAUUGUCGAUGGAGUCACUGGAGUUUGGUUCUUAUUUGAGGAAUUUCUUACAGUUGAGGAAAGGAAAUUGAAGGAUGUGGUGGAUUUCUGGUCUAGGAUGAAGAAAGGCAAGCAUAAGUUGGACACUUGGGAUCUUACCUAUCUGGAAUACAAAAUCUUCUCUUGGUCUCUAGAGGAUGUCCUCAACAAGGACCUGCUCAAGGAAAAGGUGAAGAAAAUACCCAAGACAUUCUCGUCGCUGGAGCAUUACUUGGAUUCGUUUGCUGACCCAUUGGUCGAGGAAGUACACGCGGACUUCCUCUCUUCGUUCGAGGGCUACCACCAAGCACCAUUCGUUCAGGUAACCAGGGUUCAGAAGCUCGACCAUGGCGAGAAGUCCCAGGCCUUCUUCUUCUGUUUCCUGGCUGCCCGGAGAACAUCGUACGCUCCCGUCAAGGACGACAUCGUCGCCGUCUCCUCCUCGAGGAAGGGCAAGCACCCGUUAUCCUACGUCCUGGGUUCGGUUUGCAAGAGCUGGGAAGACGACGAGGAUUUCCCUGCUGACUGCUUCAUCGUCAGGCUGUCGACGGCUGUUCCGCCCGUGGAUGUCGACGCUGGAACGAAUAGGCCCAUGGCGCCACUGUUCGUCUCCUUCCUCAUGAACACCAAGACGUACAAUCGCAUCUGGACGUGCCUUCAGCUGGGGAAGACGAGCGGUCGGAAGAGAGUGAGCGAUGCCGGUCUCGUGGAUGCCGUCUGGAGAUACAGCGCCUCAAAGGCAGUGGAAAAUGACUCCCGGUCCCAGUUAUCUCACCGGUCCCGUGCCACCGACGACCUUGGGCUCGACAGGUUCAGGCUUAACGAGUCGCAGCUGAAUGCAGUAGAGGACUCCGUUGCAGCAAUGGGGAGCCCUUCUCCUUCCCUGAAGCUGAUAUGGGGGCCUCCGGGGACUGGCAAAACCAAGACCAUCAGCACCAUACUCUGGGCGAUGCUGCUCAGGGGGCACCGGACGCUUACUUGUGCUCCGACCAACACCGCGGUGCUGGAGGUCGCGUCUCGAGUAGUCCAGCUUGUCCGGGAGUUCUCAAAUGGCGGCAGCGGCGGCUGCUUCCUGAGUGACAUCGUUCUGCUGGGAAACAAUGAGAAGAUGAAGGUAGAGGCCAGCCAUGAGCUCUCUGCGGUGUUCCUUGACUGUCGCGUCGAGCGGCUUUCCCAAUGCUUCUCGCCAAAUGGAGGCUGGGGGCACUGCUUGCGUUCGCUGACGGAUUUUCUUGCGGAGCCUGUGAGCAAAUACCAGCUGUACACCGAUAAAAUUACCAAGGACCGUGAGGAGGAGGAGAAGAAGAGGAACAUUUCAUCAAAUGUGCUAGAUAAGAAGAACAAAAAUGUUGCAAGAUGCAAUAAAGGGAAUGAUCAUGAAAAGGAUAGAUGCAAUAACCAAGGAGACGAGCAAGUGUUUGUUACCCUGUCAUUCAAGGAUUUUGUGAGAGCCACUCACAAGGAACUCGCUCACAACUUGUGCCACUGCAUCGAGGCAUUGCAGAAUGAUUUCCCAAGGGACCCUACGACGGCGCCGAAUUUCUGGUGCAUGUCCGAUGUGGUAGAAGUAACAAGAGUUCUCGGUGCGUUGCUAGACGCCGGUGCCGGCGACAGACACGAGGCAUGGGUGAGCGAUGUCGGCGAUGCCUGCAGCCCGUGCUCUGUGAGCAACGAUCCUCCAUGCAAGGAAUGCAGAUUCAGGAAAGCAAGGUCACUCUGUCUCGAACAACUGGAGUAUCUGCGCAACAAUCUGAAGCUCCCCGGCUACUGCGACAAGCGACCGAUUGAAAUCUACCUGCUCCAGAGAGCCAAGAGUAUCCUGUGCACUGUUUCCACUUCUUUCAGGCUGUAUAACGUACUGCCCACGGACAAUCAGAAACCUGUUGGCGGGCAAGGACAACGGCAACACAAAGAGCCCGAGAUCUUCCCCCCUCUGGAGUUGUUGGUCGUCGACGAAGCCGCACAGCUCAAGGAGUGUGAGGCCAUGAUCCCGCUGCAGCUGCCUUGUAUAAGGCACGCUGUUUUCAUCGGGGACGAGCGCCAGCUACCUGCUCUCGUCAAGAGCAAAAUAUCCGAGAACGCCGAUUUUGGAAGAAGCAUCUUCGAGAGGCUGAUCUCGCUAGGCUGCCGCAAGCACCUCCUGGACACCCAGUACAGGAUGCAUCCGGAGAUAAGCAGGUUCCCUGUGUGGAGGUUUUAUGACGGCAAGGUAGGUGACGGGGCCAACGUCGUCUCCAAGAGCCACCGGCGCCGGCUCUUGAGAGGCAACAUGUUUGGGCCGUACUCAUUCAUCAACGUGCAUGGGGGGCGCGAGAGCAGCGAGGAGCAUAGCCGGAGCCCCAAAAACACCAUCGAGAUCGCCGUCGUCUCGCUGAUAGUCGAGAGACUGUUCCGAGAGUCGGCUUCUUCGGGAACAAGGCUAUCCGUUGGCAUCCUGUCGCCGUACAACGCUCAGGUGAGGGCGUUCCAGGAGAAGCUGGAGAAACCAUACGGAAGCCGCGAUGGUUUCUCUCUCAAGAUAAAGUCCGUGGACGGGUUCCAGGGCGGGGAGGAAGAUGUCAUCAUCAUAUCCACGGUGAGGAGCAACGAGGAUGGCGCGGUCGGGUUCCUCAGGGACGCGAAGCGUACCAACGUGGCUCUCACAAGGGCCAAGCAUUGCUUGUGGGUGAUUGGCAACGCGGCGACUCUGUCCAAGAACAGGUCCGUCUGGCAGGACAUUGUGUACGACGCUCGGAGGCGACAGCGCUUUUUCCAUGCCGACAGGGACAAGGGUCUGUCGGACGCAAUGCAGGCGGCAGCUGUUGAGCUCGAUGCCGCUGAUAAUCUGCGCAAGAUGGGGUCCUUGCAGUGCGCGGCAUGAUCCCGAGGUACAUACUGUGGAAUAAGUUCUCCGAAGCAUGCUGUCGGCCUACGGUCGCAGGAGGCUGAAAGCUUCUUGUGGGUUUCCAAAGUUGGCUGGCAAAAAGGAGUGGAAACUAAGCUUGCGGUACUAACAUCUUCAGAUUACAGAGACCCAGGAGGAAGGAGUGUCGCUCGUUCGUGAGAUGAUUUGAAGUUCCGAAAGCGGACAUCAUAUAUGUUAGAUGCGGCUCAAAUUUGAAACCGUGCCUGAAGAAGAACGGUUUAACCGUUGUAAACGAUCACUUUUAUUCGUCGUGAAUGAACGGCCAUGCCUGCCUGCAAACUUGCAUAGCCCUCGUGGAAAAGAUACCAUGAAUGUUUGCUUUGGGCAAAGCAUCGGGAUAAAGCCGGGGAUGCCUUUGGGUGAAAGCUGUGGAGGUUGGUCACGCGCGGGCUCAUCAAAAGCUUUGUGUUUAGUCCAGGUUUGGUGCAGGUUUGGUCGUGGUGGGUUUUGGAAGAGCGUCAAGAUGCAAAAGAUGGGACCAGAGUUGACGGCUCUGAACGAGCUUUGCCAAGGAUCUCUGUCGUUCUCGUGUGGUUUAUUUUCUUGGAUCUGAUGUGCUUUAGUUCAUUUUUAUCAGUAAAGCCAGAUCGUUUUUGUAAAUGAACACUUUGUUGGUAACACAUAUACGGUAAUCCAAACCCAUAAAUAACAAGAAAAUGGUAAAAUUGUAGUAAGAAAUGUUGCUUUUUGGACUGUUUGAA